AUGAUAAAAAAAUAUAGUUUACAAUUUGCAUCUUAAGAGAUAGAGUAAAUAUACAGACAAUCUCUUUUAUGUGGAAUUAAAUAUCGACGUGAAUAUACAUAUGGGAUAUUAUGCAUAUAUCUAGGAUUAAUAAUCAUUAAAUAUAAUUUGUAAUAGGUUUUACUACCUCAAAUAUUUGCUGGUGUUGGAAUAAUAUUAGAACUGGCACUAUUUUUGUUUAUGAAGAAAUACUGGAAAUAUAAAGAAGUUUUAAUAACUCUUAAUAUGAUUUUUAUGGCCACAAUGUCUGAAAGUUUGAGAUUGUUUGGAUUUGAAGAUUAUUUAUGGUAUUAUGGAUAGCAUACAUCUUUUCUUAAGUUACGUAAGAUAUCUAUAUAAAAUUAGUUAUUUAUUUAUAGGGAAGUUAAUUUUUAAUUCAAUCUUUUAUAUUCUUUUGUACUUAAGCAAUAAGCAUAUAUAAUUUAAAUAAUUAUGAUGUAAUUUCAAUUAUUUCUCAUUGCCUUAUUACUUUAAUUCUUAUAAUGUUGCGUUAUUAAUAUGAAAUUAUUAGUAGAAAGAAUUUUCUAUCUGGAUUAUCAAGAGAAUAAUAUGAAAAUAUUAUAGAAGAUCUUCUUCCAUCAUGGGUAGUUGUGCUUAAAUAUAACAAAUUAUCUGCAUAAUUAUAAAUAGAAAAAAUUAAUAAAAAUUUAAAAGAAAAAUUCAAUCUCAAAAAUAAUGAAGCCUUAAGAGAAUUUUUAAGGAAAAUAACUAUCUAUGAAUUUGAAAAUAUUAAAAUUGAGCAUGAAAUUAUAUAAAUCUUAAAAUCAAAAAGUUAAGUUCAUUCUGUAUAAAGAUAUUUUGGUAUUUUAGGAAAUGAUGAAAAUAAAAAAUAAUGGAAAUUAAAAAUAACAUAAGUUUACUUUAAAGCAUUAGAACCUUUGGUUAUACUUUUAUUUGAGGAAAUUAAAGAAGGAAAAUAUGAUUUAUAUAUUAAUCAGAUUAAAUUAAGAGAUAAUUAAUAAUAUGUAUUAAUUUAAUUUGAAUUUAGUAUCAUUCAAAAGUAAGCUUAUCAUUGAUUACUUAAUAAAUGUAACUAACUUAAUAAAUGUAUAGUCAAUUACAUUUACUAUCUUUAAGUAAAUAAGACUAGUUAAAUAGAUUUUAAUUAAAUUUGCAAAAAUAAACACAAUUAAGUUACUAUUUAUACAAUCUUAAUAAUAAUUUAUUGAAUCUAUUCAAAAUAUCUCACAGAUAAAUCAAAUAUGAAUUUUAAGAAAUUUAGAUAGAAACAUUUUUUAAAACUCUUACUGAUAAUUUGCUUAUCAAAUAUAGAUAAAGUAAGAUUAAUAUUAAAAAUUUUUAAAUCAAAAAGGAAACAAUCAAGACUGAUAAAAACAAGUUAAUUUCUAUUAUAAUGAAUUUAAUGGAAUUCAUUAAAAUUUUACUUUCAAUAAUAUAUUCUGAUGAAAAUUUAAUAUAUUAAUUACAUCCAAUGAAAAAAUCUUUUUCACUCUCAAUAAAGUAAUCAAAAAUGCAUAAAGAUUCAAUCUAAAUUAAUUUAACUCAUCCUAAUUUAAGAAUUUCAAAUGAAAUGAUUAAUUUAAUAUAAAAUAUAUAACCAGUAUCUAUUGAUGAUAAAAAAAGAAAUUGGAAUAAUAAGAAUUAUUAUGAAAUGAUGAAGAAUUUAAAUCAAACUCUUUCUUCAAUGAUGAAUCCUUAUAAAAAAGAUAUUUAAUCUCUUACUUCAAUAUCUGUAGGAUUAUAAAAUAAUGGAUAAUAAUAAAUAAAUAAUUAGGAUAGUUAAAAAUUAUAAUUUAAUACUUUAGGAUAUUUAAUGGCCUCAUAUUUUAUUAGUUAAUUAGGUCCUUUUAAUAAAGUGUUUUUUAAAUAACCACUUAUAGAAAAUGAUGUAUUGAAUCCUUAAUAUAUUUCAUCUAAUAAUAAAACAAAAAUACAAUUUAUUAUUUAUAAGGAUUUGCAAAAUUUUUUAAGAGAGGUUUCUAAAUAAGAAAAAGUUUCUUUUGAAGAAAAUUACUAUUUUUCAGAAAAAAAAUUAACGAAUUAAGAAAUUACAGAAAGAUUAAUUUAAUUUUAUGCUGAAGAUUAGUAAAAAAGAUUAUUUUGA